GUGUUAUGUGCCGCAGUAAACGCGUGUGUGUGUCUAUAUGUAUAUGUGACCUGUAAUUGUGGAGCACCUCGAGAGUGGGGCACCAGCCACAUAAAAUCCAUCUCUCCAGUGAGACUUGUGUUUAUAGUGUGAACGCAGAGACAGCAGUACCUUUAUAAAAAUGCAAUCUCUGACUUGGUGUUUGGUAUUGGCGGGAUGCCUUGCUUUUGCACAGGCUCAUACGUAUCACAUGGGUGCUUGUCCUAUUGUGGAGCCUAUGCAGGGUUUCCAGAUGAGUAGAUUCCUAGGCCUGUGGUAUGUUGUCCAGAAAACGUCGACGGGUAGUAAGUGCAUCACUUACAAUUACACGCGAGGAGAGGAACCGGGCGAAUACGUGAUAACGCAGGAUUCGAAUCAUCUGAUCUUAGGUCUUACGCCAUUGAAGCACGAGUAUCAUUAUACUGGCCAGCUGACUGUACCCGAACCAAGUACUCCGGGACGUAUGGAAGUCCGUUUCCCUCUUAAUGUAGCCGGAAGCGCAUCCCAUGUAGUAUUCAUGACGGAUUACGAUACUUACGCCGGCAUUUUCACAUGCCAGAAGUUGGCGUUCGCCCAUCGACAGAGCGCGACAAUCCUCUCGAGGACCAAGACGCUGGAUCAACAGCAGGUGGACAGGAUACGUCAGCGACUUAGCCAGUACGGUGUUGAUCCGUACGAUUUGAGUAUCAUCUCACAGUCCGACUGUCCGCAAGGCAACAAUUCUCUAGAUAUCAACGUCGACCCUAACACCUUUACUUCCGAGAGCUUCGGUAACGCGGUACGCAAAGCAGGCGAGAAAAUCGGCGACGGCGUCCAGUGGAUCGCUCAGACCGGAAGCAACGUCUAUCAUAAAAUAGCCGGAACUGAAGAGAGUCACACAUCGUCAACGACGGAACGGAGCAACCGUGUCACAGCAAAGAGCAACGGUGAAAGAUUGGAGACCAACGAGGUGGAGUGGAUUCCCUAAAAAUCCCAGCGAACUCAUCGUUUUCGUUGCGUUAUUCACGAUCUCGAUGCGAUAUUUAUAUUACCCGUUUGAUGGAUCUAUUAGGACCUAUUAAGAGUGAUUUAUUAAGAUUUAUCAUUUUAAUGCAUGCUUAAUUUUCUACCAUUUUUAUUACUUGACGGCGUAUGACGUAAUUUGAACGUAAAUAAAAUUGCGACUAAAAUUAAAGGAAUGAGAGUACUGAUUGACUGAUUAAUCUACAUGACAAUUAAAAAUAAUGUCGCGAUAAUUUAUAAUGUGUAUGUUAAAUCUUAAUGUUCAAUAAAAUUUUAAAAUAAAAACAUAUAACGCAUA